GGGCGCGGGGUGGCGCAGAGCAGCGCUGCCGCCGCCGCGGGGAGCGGAGCGGUGCCGGGCUCCGCGCACCGCGCUCCCUCAGCCCGGCCCCGUCCCGGUCCCCCCCCGCCCGGCCCGCCAUGGCGGCGGCCGUGGACGAGAGCACCCUUCCCUCAAUCUCUACUUUCGCCAACUUGCUGCCGCUGGAGGAGCGGCCCGCCGACAUGCUCCAUAGGAUGCUGCAGCAGGACGGCACCGCCGCCGUCAAGCGGGAGGAGGACGACUUGGGCAAGUUCGUGGAUUUGGACUUCAUCUUGGCGCACACAAGCAGUGGCGGGCAGGGGCCUCCUGGCCCCAACUACCCCCUGCCCGAGACCCCUGAGAGCUGCGGCACCACCUACGACAGCGACGGCUCCUACCCCACGCCGGGCAAGUUCCCGGCGCCUUACCCCGAGGGCCAGGGCCACAGCUACGUGGCGGAGCUGCUCACCCCGGAUCUGCCCGGCCACUGCGACCUGCAACGGAGGGAGUACACGGAGCUGCGGGUGCCCGGCGGCCCCCAUCACCCUCACCACCCUCCACACCACCACGCACCCCUGCACCCAGCCCUGGCCCGCCCGCUGCCCCUGGACCCCGCUCAGCCCUUCGGGCCCCGCAUCAAGAAAGAGCAGCCAGAGGAGCGCGCCUGCAUGCUGGGGCUGCCCGCCGCCGAGUACCUGGGGCCGGGCGGCGGCGAGCACAAGCCACGCGUAGCGCCGGGUCCCGGGCCGGGACCGGUGCCGGGGCCGCCGCUGCCUUACCCAGGCUUCGCUCACGGCCGCCUGGGGCCCUCCGAAGAGCCGCUGCCCGGCGCCGACUCGCACCUCCUGGCCGACCUGCCGCCCCACUACGCCGUGGCCCCGCAUCGCUACGCGCCCCACUUCGCCCCCCAGCCGCCGCCGCAGUUUCAUGGACACUUCAGUGUUUUCAGGGAGCCCCUGAAGGGGCCGGGGCCGGGCCCGGCGGGGUUGCCCGGGCUGCUGGUCACGCCGCCCAACUCCCCGGUGCUGGAGUACUUCCCGGCCGGGGCUCCCCCCGAGGACUGCAAGCCCAAGCGCGGCCGCCGCUCCUGGGCCCGCAAGCGGACGGCCACGCACAACUGUGAAUACCCGGGCUGCGGCAAGACCUAUACCAAGAGCUCCCACCUCAAGGCGCACAUGCGGACCCACACAGGCGAGAAGCCCUACCACUGCACCUGGGAAGGCUGUGGCUGGAAAUUUGCCCGCUCCGAUGAGCUGACCCGCCACUACCGCAAGCACACAGGGCACCGGCCCUUCCAGUGCCACCUCUGCGAGCGGGCUUUCUCCCGCUCCGACCACCUCGCCCUCCACAUGAAGCGGCACAUGUGAGCGGUAGCUGUGGCUGGACUCUGUGUCCCCAGAGCCAGCUCAUGGUGUAAAUAGCGUCAGGCAGGGGAUGGCACUGGGGAGCAGCCUGGCCAUCUCUGCUUGUAGUUGAUAACUAGUUUUCUCCUCCUGCCCCUGCUGUGAGAACUGGGCCCAGCUGUGUGGUGGGGAAGGGCUGCUUUGGGGUGUAGAUGGGGAGUAAAGCUGCAAGGAGUGCCUCCAGCCCCUGCCCCAUCACCACUCAGCUCCCAGUGCCUGGAGGGUCCUACCCUCCCCAGCCAGGAACCUGGUGAGUGGGGGGGCUGGUGCAGCAGGGAUCUGUCCCCAGAGCUCCUGGCUUGUAUUUGGCAUCAGCUUAACCUUCUCCCCCUAAAUCCUGGCACCCCCUGGCUCCAGGCACUGGGGUGGCUGACUCUGGCCAGGUUUCGGCCAGAAACCCGUGCCCACUGGGUGUGUAGGUUGCGGCGCUGGGAAGUGGGUUCCUGGUCUUCUCGGUUGUGGCCAUCAGAACAAACCUCCUGACCCAAAAGCCCAGCAUGGAUAGGGUGAGGAUGGCACCUGACUGGCUCAUGGCUAUAAAGGUUUGCAGGGGUUGGCAGUGCAGCAUCACCUUGCACAGGGAGCGGGGAUGCUUCUGUUGCCAGUUUGGGACCCUGCCGGGCAGGCCGGUCCUGGCUGUUCCCAUGAGCCUAAAAUGGCUCUUUGGGCUCUUGUCUGCUUCCAUUUGUCUUGUUCUUCCCCUCAGGAUGACACCAGGUACUGCUGCAGCUGCCUUCCCCAUGCUGCUUUUUUAAACUUAGCGUGUAAAGGACAGUGAGUCCAGCUAUGAAUGCCCAGGUCUCUGCUAUACUUGAAACUUUCAUAGAAGAAAAACAAAGAGAAAACUCAAAAAGAAAUUGAGUCUUUUUAUGUGCAGCUUCUGCAAAGCAAGUUGUAAAUUAAACAAAGCAGUAAUAUAUAAUGUUUCUGGUUUUUUUAAUAUAUUUUUUUCUUCCAGCUGGGAACCCAGAUGAGUCUCGGCUUUGGGAAGUGCACUGUUCCCGUCUGUGUAUAUUGUUAAUUAACAUUUCUUUGCUUGGGCACGUUAGGUCUCUCGCACUCUGAAAUGUUACUUUUCUUUAUAUGCAAACUGUUGAAAUAUUGUGAUCUGCUGUAUAAUAAAUAAACAAGAUGUAAACAUGAAAGAGCCAGGAGAGUUUA